UCAGACGCGCGCAUCCCUCGCAGCCGCGCGCGCUCUUUCCUCCAGGUGCGCGAGGGGGUCAGACUCAACGGACCUGAGGAUGCUCGCGCGCUGCAAAUGAUAAGAAAAUAAACACAGUUUGGUUAUAAUAUAUCACAAACCAGCGAGAAGCAGAAUUUGAAGUGAUCUUAAGACUUGUUUCAACUCCCGAGGAGCUGCAAUGGCAUCGAUCGGGGAGUUUGAUCCGUUGAACAGUAUCGUACCUGCAACCAAAAUAGAGAUCACGGUAUCAUGCCGGAGUUUGCUGGAUGCUGACACAUUUUCAAGGUCUGCACCGGUGGUUGUCUUGUAUGUUCAAGGAAUUGGUACUAAAGAGUGGAGAGAGUUUGGUAGAACAGAAGUGAUUGACAACACUCUAAACCCAGACUUUGUGAGGAAAUUUGUCUUGGAUUACUUCUUUGAAGAAAAGCAGAACCUUCGAUUUGACGCAUACAAUGUGGACUCCAGAAGCUCAAACAUGUCAAAACAUAAGUCAUUUCUCGGCCAGACUUUCUGCACUCUAGGAGAGAUUAUUGGGUCCACCGGGUCGAGGCUGGAGCGGGUGCUGUCGGGCAUUCCAGGGAAGAAAUGCGGGAACAUUAUCUUCACAGCUGAGGAACUUAGCAAUUGCCGGGACAUUGCCACCAUGCAGCUCUGCGCUAACAAGUUGGAUAAGAAGGAUUUCUUUGGGAAGUCCGACCCCUUCUUGGUGUUUUACCGAAGCAAUGAAGACGGCACAUUUACGAUCUGUCACAAAACUGAAGUGGUGAAGAACACUCUGAAUCCUGUGUGGCAGCCCUUCACCAUCCCAGUGCGAGCUCUCUGUAAUGGAGACUACGACAGAACAGUGAAGGUUGAUGUUUACGACUGGGAUAGAGAUGGAAGUCAUGACUUCAUUGGAGAGUUUACCACCAGCUAUAGGGAACUGUCUCGUGGACAAAGCCAAUUCAACGUCUAUGAGGUUUUGAAUCCGAAGAAGAAAGGCAGGAAAAAGAAAUAUGUCAAUUCUGGCACGGUAACACUUCUGUCCUUCAAAGUCGAAUCAGAGUACACAUUUGUGGACUUCAUCCGGGGCGGAACACAGCUCAACUUCACUGUGGCUAUAGACUUCACCGCGUCUAACGGAAACCCAUCACAGCCGACGUCGCUCCACUACAUGAACCCGUACCAGCUGAAUGCGUACGCCAUGGCCCUCAAAGCCGUAGGGGAAAUCAUUCAAGACUACGACAGUGACAAACUCUUCCCCGCGUACGGCUUUGGAGCCAAACUCCCACCUGACGGAAAGAUCUCUCAUGCCUUUCCCCUGAACUCCGACUGCGAGAACGCCAACUGCGUCGGCAUCGAAGGCGUGCUGGAGGCAUAUUACGACUGUCUGAGGAAAGUGCAGCUGUACGGACCCACCAACUUUUCCCCUGUCAUCAACCAGGUGGCACAGUGCGCUGCGGAGGUGACGGACGGCUCGCAGUACUUUGUGUUGCUGAUCAUCACAGAUGGAGUCAUUUCCGACAUGGUGCAGACCCGAGAGGCGGUGGUGACCGCGGCGUCUCUGCCUAUGUCCAUCAUCAUUGUGGGGGUUGGUCCUGCUGAAUUCGAUGCUAUGGAAGAGUUGGAUGGAGAUGAGGUCAGGGUGUCCUCCAGGGGACGUGUUGCUGAGAGAGACAUUGUCCAGUUUGUGCCGUUCCGGGACUACAUCGACCGAUCGGGGAACCAGGUGCUCAGCAUGGCGAGACUGGCCAAGGAUGUACUGGCUGAGAUACCCGACCAGCUGCUGUCAUUCAUGAAGAGCAGAGGCAUCGAACCCAGACCGGCCCUCUCGCCCUCUCCAACACCACAGAUAAAUGCCCUCCUCUGAUCCCAGAUCACUACUCUCUUCACACCUUCUCAACCAUAGCUGUGUAUCUGUCACAGGGAACGCAUUUUUCCUUUCUGCAUCAAUUAGCGGUAGCACAUUAUGUAGUUACACAUUAAUCAACGGAAAUCAGGAAGGUGUUAUUAUAACGUGUAGUGUAACGCUUCGUCAUCAGUCACAGUUUGUGCUUGCAUCCAAUGGAGAGUUAGAUGGGUCAAUCUCAGGGAAACGGUCAAGGAUGUUUCAACCCAAAAUCAAAUGAAAAUAAUGCAGCACCCCCCAAUUCUCACAAUUGUAUGGCAAACACAUUACAACAAUAGAAAAGAAAUGUGUUCACCGUAAUGUCAUUCAAAACCUGUUUUUGACUCGUUCUUCUGUGGAACAAAGUCUCAAUGGUUUUGUGUCCAUACACUGGAAGUCAAUGGGAUGCAAUAAACAUUUUUUAAAAUAUCUUAUUUUGCUUUUGCAGAAGAAAUAUCUUCUUUUGCAGUUUUUUUCCCCACAGAAGAGAAAGGGUUGACAUGACAUGAGAAAAUGACAAAAGAAUUUUCAUUUUUGGCUAAACUAUCCUAUUAAAUUUCACAAAAGUAAUGGCAAUGCAAACAAAUCCAAAUUAUUCUAAAAAUAGGACCUUUUAUUCUACUAAUGCAAAAUAUCAAUCCUCACUUUUUUCUUUUGAUUUCGGGAUGAAAUUCAACCCCGACAUUUCUCCGUGAGAUUCACCCGGGUCUUGAGAGGAAUUGGGUACACUCUGUGCCAUACGCUGUAAUACCCAAACGCACACACGCAGGUUUAACUUUCAUCAUGCCUGACAUCUUCUCAUUCCUCGUAGAUUCCUAGGCCAGGAUAAUUUUGUCAUUCUCACCGCCUGAUUUCGAGGCACGGGCACAUACUUUCGAGUGUGUAAAUAUUUUCCAAUUUUCGCUCGGUAUUGAAAGGAGGUAAUAAGUAGCUACGCCUGCCAGGAAAACAGAUGCCCGUGCGAGAACGCCGACGCACACGGAGCCCCCCGCACACCAAAUGUGGAUACGGCUAAUUACCUGCUGAAAACUGAGGUGCCAAUCAGUGCAAUUCAACCAGAGAGGAAGAUUGAGAGAAGAAAUAUCUGGAGUAUAAUCAGCCGAGGUUAAUGGGCACAGGAAGUAGGUAGAUGAAAACCAUGACAUCAUCUGAGCGACAGAGAGAGAUUCUUUUAAAGAGGUGGAUGAGAAAGGUGAGUUUCAGAAUGAAAACGUCCAGGUCGUGAUCACUGCACAACAAAAAAGGAGAUUUUUUGUUAUUUUGCACCGUGACGUUUUAGAAUUAAAAUCCCCAACUCUAAUUCUGCCCCAACAUCAAUAUAAUCAGUAAAAUAAGCAAUAAACAUAUUUAGUACAACAAGCUACCAUGUUUACUUUCAAAUGCACUUUAUAUAUAAUUAAUCAUUGUUAAUCACAUUACAAAAAUAAGUUUAUUUAUAUUACGACUGAUAAACUUGAGAAAAUGUCACAAUGCAAAAUAACCUUUUGAUUUGGGGCUGACAUUCACCCGUGCGCACACUGCCAUGUUUCAAUUUCCGAAAGAGGAUUUUAGACUGAAUGUUUGCUGAGAUUGGAACCUUCCACCUUUCGGAAAUUAAGCUGUAUAUAAUAUAUAGCGCAAUAACAUUUGACAUGCAUUAUUACAUAUCACCGCAAUUUAUCAAUGUAUUAUUUUCAACCCUUGUUGCUGUGAUCAAACGUUCACGUAAAAUGCCAUUCACCGUAUUUAUUUCUAUAUUUAAAUAUUGAAAGUGUUGCUAUACUGUAGAUUUCAAUGUUUGUUUCAUAGUAAAGACAGCUAUAGUUAAUACAGCUGCUUGUGCCAAAGUACUAUAACGUCAAACGUUCCUGCCAAGUUUGUGUAACAAUAUACAGUAUGUAAGGCAGAACAUUUUAUAUCUCCUUGUCGUGUUUUUAAUAAAGCAUGGAUGUCUUGUGUCGA